UAAUUACAUCAACUUCAGCUUAGGAAGGGUUGUUAAUUAUCUAACUAGUUGAAUCUGGGCAGGGAAAACACUAAAAUGUGCAGGCCUACAGGACUAGCGUUGGGAACCUGUGAUGUAAUGUGUAAUCAUUUUUGUUUGUGACUACCCCUGAAAAUUGCCCUUAGAAGAUCAUAUAGUCUCUCAAGCAUAUGAAUAAUGAAAUAAUCACACCAGGAAAUUUUUGUGAAACAGUUUUUAAGUUACUGAACUGUAAUGUUUGCCUGCAGAGGGAGACAUUCACAACUUAUCCGAGCCACUCCAAUCAGAAAUAUGUUUUGGAGCUCAGGUCUAAGUCUUUACAUCCUCUCAGACAUACUCAGACCACUAUGGCAUGGCCAUGCAUUAGCCGGGUGUGCUGUCUGGCGCAGUUCUGGAACCAGUUUGACAAAUCGGACCUGUCUGUCCCACUGACCAUCCAAAACUACUCGGAUAUCGCAGAUCGGGAGAUCCGCUCGGUAACCGGAAACGUUCCCGCCGAGCGAGCGCAGACGCGCGAUCACGCCACCCCGGACCACAGAGACUCUUCCGCGGCGCAGGACGGCGGAGGAAACCGAGUGGGUCGCAGGCGCGCGGAGCCGAGUUCCCAACCGCGCGAGGACGUGCCGUUCCCCAGCGUGACCCAGUAUAAACAGGACUACAAACCAUGGCCCAUUCCAAAAAAAGACAACUUUCCAUGGAUUAGUAACGGCGUCGGGAAAAGCAGCCCGGUAAAGCAGCAGCACCCAGCGCGUGCAGGAAAAGAAGAGCGCGCGGGCAGACAGAGACACGCGGAGAACGAAGCGGCCAAAACGAGCUCUUACAGAGAGGAGUACAAGUCCUGGGCAGGGGUGCAGCCAUCCAAGCCCAUUCUGAAAAGGCCUACAUUCCUGGGUAUGACUACCAGCGAGCCUCCUCCUGAGACCAGCUACCAGGCUGCCUUCAGUGCCGACACACAAAGACAUGUGGACGUCAGUGUGCCGGACAUGACCACACGCACACAGCCCAGCAUCGCAGAGAUGGCAGGCAGGCCUGAGGUCAGUUCCAGACCAGAGGAGCAGCUGGUGAGGACGAAGUUGUCUCCCAACCCGUCUGCUGUGUUCCAGAGUCGAUCACGAAUCUUCAACAUCUGACCCAGUGGACCAGUUAACCAGAAAACAAAUAUGGACUUAGGAUUUUACUUUGAGACAAUGCACACACAACUCACUGAGCUUUUAGGGAAUGUUUCAAAAGCUGCAGCAACAACCUUUAACAGGCUGAAUCUGAAAUGCUACAGAGGGUUUAAGUGAUAAUCUGAAAGUGACUGAUGGAGUAAUAAAACACCCAAGAAUAUUACUCUAAACCGUUUCAUAGUGCUGCAUGGGAAGGAAUGAUAGAUGAAUGUAGGGCUAAAUUCACUUGGUGUGAAAUCUAUGCAAGAGAAUGAAUUUCUGAAAUUAAUGUCUGUUUCAUGCAAGUCUCUAGUAUUUUGAUAUACUGUGGCAUCCUUAUAUAUUAUUGGUAUCCUUCAUGAAAAUGAACAAAAAAUAAACUAUACAAAAUCAAUAACGAGCAGUAAAUGAUAUUUUGAGCGUAUGCAUAAAGGCACAUUGUAUAUUUUUAUUUAAAAUCUUUUUGUGCUUCUUCUAACAAUGGUUUUCAGUAGUGCAUUUUCUUCUGCAAAAGUGACACAAUUAAAACACCAUUAAUAUACUCAGCAAAAAAGAAAUGUCCUCUCAUAUUCAACUGCUUUUAUUUCCAUCAAAUUUCUUAAUAUGUGUAAAUAUUUGUAUUAACAAACAUACAAAUGUUAAAGGGGGGGUCAAUAUCAAAAGUAACAGUGAGAAUCUGGUGGCCUCCAGCUGCCAGAUCUUAAGUACUACAGUGCAUCUCAUCCUCAUGGACUGCACCAGAUUUGUCAGUUCUUGCUGUGAGAUGUUACUCCAGUCAUCCACCAAGGAAUAUUUGCAAGUUCUCGAUCACGUCUAAGGGGAUACAUGAUUACAUGUAAUUUUCCACUGCAAGGACAAUCAGCUGUCCUUCCUGUCUCCCUGUAGCACUGUCUUAGGCGUCUUACAUUACAGACACUGCAGUUUAUUGCUCUGAACACAUCUGCAGUCCUCAUGUCCCCCUGCAGCAGGCCUAUGGCAUGUUCAUGCAGGUGAGCAGGAACCCUCGGCAUCUUUCUUCUGGUGUUUUUCAGAGUCAGUAGAAAGUUCUCUUUAGUGUCCUAGGUUAUUGUAACUGUGACCGUAAUUGCCACCUGCCUGUAAACUGUUAGUGUUUUAAUGACUGUUCCACAGGUGCAUGUGCAAUAAUUGUUUAUGGUUCAUUCAGCAAGCAAGCAUUGUUUAAACCCUUUCCAAUAAAGAUCUGUAAAGCUUAUUUGGAUUUUACAAAAUUAUCUUUAAAAUACAGUCUCCUGAAAAGGGACGUUUCUUUUUUUGCUGAGUAUAUUUUGUGAUGCUUGCACUGGAGAGAAUAAUAGCACUGGGUCUCUUCUUGUAAUGUUUAACAAGGUUUGAGGCACUUGUGGAGGAUAUUGGUGCACUCCUCCAUGCAGAACCUUUUAAGCGCCUUUAUAUUCAUAGGUUUAUACAUGCCAACUUCUUUCUUCAAUUCAGACCACAGGUUUUCAUUAGUGUUCAAAUACAGAGACUAAGAAGACCAAAACACAGAUUUUGUAUUUCUUUCAUCAUUUUAGGUUGCAUACUUGUUGGAAUCUUAUUGGAAGCCCUAUCUAUGGCCUAGACUAAACCUACUGGCAGAGGCAACCAGGUUUUAUAAUGAAAUAUCCAGUUCAGUCUUCACAAGAGCCCCAGAACAGCCAAUUUGAAGAUAGUCCCCAAACAUCAAUUAUCCAUAUUUUACAGACUAUUUAGAUUAUUUUACAAGUGUAUGCAGUUCCCUUUUGUCAGCAAAAACAUGCUGAUGGUACGCAUGACCAAAAAGCCUGAUUUUGAUCUCCUCUCACUGAAAAAUCUGUAAAUCUAAUGGCUCUAACUUUCUUUGGGACUGAGAUUUUUAUGGCCAUAAUUGUGUUUAGUGGUAUUAUUAACUUCGUAUAUAUUAUCUUAUGUGUAUUACUUAAUUUGUGCAGGUCAACAAUGAUCUGUUUCUUUUCUAUCGAAAGUUCUUUGUCUUUUGCCAUGGUAAUGAAUAAUGUAUGUUUUUCAAGAAUUACAAUCUUCGCAUUUAUUUAAAAUAUUCUUGCAAUAAUUUUGCCACAUAUUUUUGAGAGAAAAUACUAUUAUUUACAUAGUCAUAAUGAGAAUGAUUUUGAUAAAUAGUACAAUAGUUUCUCUGUUGUUGUUUAUAAAAUCUUUUUUUUUUUCUGCUCAUGUUUAUGAUGGGUGCCAAUAAUUCCAGUAGGCACUUUAACAGGGAGAGACAUAUUGUGGCUGUAUGAAUUAAUGGAAUUAGACUGAUCAUGUACUAGAACACAUAUGCAUGUUUCACAAUAAUUUAAAUAAUUUAUUUGUUUCAGGUGUUUGAUAACUGUGAUGUAUGUAUGCAUGCAAGGGUGUGUGUGUGUGUGAGAAUUAGGCUGGAAAGAUGUCUUUUGAAUAUUUAAGUUAAGCUUUACCUCCUUGUAGAGCCAGUUAUUUGCUGGAAGGAGUCUGAUGCCUCCACUAUAUGCUUCUUCCCUUCAAACCCUGCAGUAAAUCAAAAUGUACUUAUUUAUGGAAUUUUUAGCAACUGAGCAACUCAGAAGCCAUGUUAAUUUAUUUUGUUAAUUAGUUCUUGAUAGAAAUGUUAAAAAGUGGAGAAUGUACUAUUCUGAAAUAAAAUCUACAAUAUUACUAUAUUUGUGCUUUAAUAAAAUGCCCACUCUCUCAGAGUGUGUAUGUAGUGAA